AUGACUAGUGAUCCAUCUGUCAAGUUAAAGUCCGCUAAGGACUCUCUGGUGUCUUCUCUAUUUGAACUUUCCAAAUCUGCUAAUCAAACUGCUUCAUCAAUUGUUGAUUUCUACAAUGCUAUUGGCGAUGAUGAAGAAGAGAAGAUCGAUGCCUUCACCACAUUAACAGAGGCUCUUCAAGCAUUGACCUCCGCUGCUACUCAAUUACAUGGGAUCAGUUCUGAAUUGGUCAACCCAAUGGAUGACGAUAAGGAUAUUCCAAUUGCCUUGCAUACUGUCACUCCAAUUAAGCAAGCCGCUAAGAAGAAGGCAGAACGUGAUCCAAACGCUCCAAAGAAACCUUUGACUGUUUUCUUUGCUUAUUCUGCAUACGUUCGUCAAGAACUUCGUGAUGAAAGACAAAGAAAUGGGUUACCACCUUUAUCUUCUACUGAAAUUACUCAAGAAAUUUCCAAAAAGUGGAAGGAAUUGAAUGAUACUGAAAAGGAAAAAUGGAAGCAAGCUUAUAACAUAGAAUUGGAACAUUAUCAAGUUGAAAAGCAAAAGUAUUUGGAAGCUAAGAAGAAUGGUACCGUAACCAUUCUUGAAGGUCCAAAUCAUGCUCCUAUUCCAUUCCCACAAGAUUUACAAGAGGAUCAAUAUCCAUCUCAUCAACAUACUGAAAAGAGAAAUCGUGAGGAUGAAUCCACUUCUGGUGAAAAGAAGAAGAAAAAGAAGAAGAAGGAUAAGAAGAAGGAAAAGAAGAACGAUUGA